GAACCCACUGGAAAAAUGAAGUCGGCAGUCAUUUUCUGCAUUUUCGUAGCUGGAUGCAAUGCUUGGAUGGACAGACCACAGGCAUUCGGUUCACAAAGGUGCGUUAACAUGUGGGAUGAAGGCUGCAUCAACGGUCAAUUGCCAGGAUCUGGAGGCGAUGAUGACUACCUUAACGGUGGAUUCAAUCCAGGCAAACGCUGCAUUAACAUGUGGGACGAAGGAUGUAUCAAUGGUCCACUCGGAGGUUCUGGCAGCGACGACGACUAUCUAAACGGCGGAUUUACCCCCGGCAAGAGAUCUCUGUACGAACGCCUUCAAAAACUGCGAAAGUAUCAAAAACAUCAAAAUGUUUGAAUCCAUUUUUAAUUAUUUCAACUAUUUAUUUAAAUCACCAUUAAUAAUUUACAAUCUAGUCUCAUCAUAAUGCUUCUGUGCCCUGUUUAUUUUAUAAAUACAU